AUGUCGUUGAAUGGGUUGGAUAACGAGCAGGUUAAGGAGGCAUUCGAAACUGCCGCCGCUGAACCAGGAGGAUGUCGCGAUGAGGUUGAGUUGCUAGGUCGGGGGAAUGGUGGUAUUGUCGAGCUGCGUAAUCUCAUUUCGCAGUACGAGGAGAAGUCCCCGCUGUAUGGCUACCUCAGGUAUCGACGCAGGAAUGUUAUCAUUAGGUAUUUGCCCGAGGACUGCUCCCGCUUAAUUCAAGCCCGAGUAACAGUCCACUUCGAAGCUGUCUGCGAUCGCUUCUCGCCCUACGAUACAGUUUUCGCGAUAGCUGAUGCGAAAGAACUUACCGACACCAAACUCUCGGCUGCCUGUUCGCUGCAUGCUGCGUCCAAUUCCACAUCUUCGACGACUAGCUCUGUCCGGCGCAGACGGUUAAUGGAAAUCGCCGAGGAAGAGGAGGAAGAAGAGCGAGAAAGAAAGCGCCAGUCGGUCGUUAAGGACGAGGAGCGCCCCAAGUCGCCGCCCCCAUCGCUGCCAUCCGACUUUCCAGUCAAGCUGGAUGCCGAGCUUGCCAAGUCGCCAGAAGCAUCCCAGUUUUCGAGCGACCCCGAACCUCCCCAGUUCACUGGCGUCCCAAGGCCCUCAUCCCCCGCAACUACUUUGGACGAAGUCUCGGGCCGCCCCUCCUCACAGACUUCGCGCUCCGAUUAUUACUACCCCUCUUCGUACCCUUAUUCGAAGCCUCGCGUGAAGCUUGCCCCGCGGCCUUCAGCGGAAGGUCGGCCAAGGUCUGCUGCUGGUGCUGCAAAUCGUCCGAUCUCAACGCUCCCGGCGAACAUCAAGUCGCUCUCUAACCGGAAGGCGCGCUCGCAUUCUCAAGGGCAGGACGAAGAGCCGAGCGAAUCGAUCAAGGAAGAAGCCGAGGAGUAUAGCGUGAAGCCUUCUGAGGAGCAAACUGCUUCUCUGGAGAACGAUCCUGUUGCUUCCGCCCCUGCUCCGGAGCCCAUCAUGCCCGUCGCAACCGCGCCUCCUGCGAAGCAAAACACCAUGACGCCCGAAAAGGUCCGGUUGUUGAAAGCUAUGAAGCUGAGGGAGAAGAAGAUGGCCAGUAUGCAAUCAACAUCUGCCCAGGCUGCCGAUACUUCCGAGGCUGGCGGUACCGACGCCCCGCCGGGGAACAAGGGAGAUGACGAAACAGCACCAGAAGAGGUAUGUGCGGAAGAGAAGGCAGGAGACCGCGAGGACAUCCAGCACGAGUUUACGGCCGACUCGGAAUCAAAGACCGAAACUGCCGCGGAUAAUGCAUCUGUCGAUACUCAUAUUGAUUCACAUGCCACAUCCCCUCUCGCUGCUUCUGAUAUCGGUGACUCUACGCAGGCUUCGUCUUUGUCUGAUUCAACCGAUGAGACCCUCCUUGCUAAAGAGCCAGAGUCUACGCCCAGCCCCGAUUCCGGAGAGACGACUCCGCAGGGCGAUGUGGCAGAUUCAGUCGGGAAGCAAGACGCAGGUGCGAGCUCCGAAUCAAAAGAUGAUCAGACAGAGAAUAAUGCAUCCGAACAAAAGGACGACAAGGAGCAUUUCGAAACAGCUUCAGGUGCUACUGAAGGAACUGCUGCUGUCGCUAAAGUUACUGCGGUUUCGGAUUCCAAUGACAAGACUUCUCCCACGGAGUCUUUUGUUGAGAAUCAAGACGGCUCCAGGCCGUCAUCUGAGAACCCGAAAGGCCUUGCGGAAGCCCCAGUUCUAGACUCCGCGGCUGCCGCUGGUGACAACUCUGGAAAGGUGGAGUCUGCUCCGGCAAUCCGUCUUCCCGUAUCCAAGUUUUCCGCUACUAGCGCCCAGGCGGUUCCAGCGAUUGUAUCCGAGCAGCCGGCAUCAGAGACCCCGGAGUCAUUUGCUGCUGAUGCGGCCAAUCUACAGGAUAAGAACGACAACGCCAGCAACUCGGCCGAAGCUGUAGAGGGGUCAAAGUCUCGGCGCAAGGUUCCCGAGCCUAUCAAGACGGUUAUUGAAGAUUCUGAGGCCCACAAGCGGCGCUCGGUGAUCAGCAUUCUGGAUAACGACGGGUUUAUGGAUGAGCUGCAGUCGGCACCUGUUGAGCAAGCGACUCCCGUACCUGUGGCUAAGUCUCCAUUGUCUUCCUGUCUCUCGGUCGACAAUGACUCUAAGAAAGCCUUGAGCGGACCUGAGAAAGCAGCACCUGCACCGCGGCCGGGACUUCUAAGGACGGCAUCAAAUCCAGUUAGGAACUCGGUCUUUGGUGAUUCACCUGUAACUACUCCUCGGUCAGCUUCUUCUGGAAACGCAUAUUUGCAGAGACUUCAGCAGCAGCAGCAGCAGCAGCAAAUUGCAGCUUCAGAGUUGCGGCCCAAGAACACCAAGCUUGGUUCAAGCAUUUCGCAGCGCAUCAAGGCAUUGGAGAAGUUAUCUGGUAACGCAAAUAGCCAGGAGUUUGUGCCGAAAGAGCGCCCAUCAGCAACCUUCUUCGCUGUCCGCAAAGCUAGCACUAGAGAGAUAGUCAGGUCGCCGUCUAUUGCCGAACGGGCUAAUACCCUGUCAGCCAAUCCGAGCCCUUCUCCUCCUGGAUCGACGGAAUCGUCCCCCGAAGCCAGGCGUGGCAGAUCGGGUUCCUUGGUGAACCGUCUCUCCAUUUUUGAGGGCGGCAUGCCACCAAGGGGAAGGCCCGAAUCCGUUCAAGUAACGGCGCGCAUUGUUCGCGAUCCGAACCAGCCCUAUCCUAGAGCUCCGGAGUCGAAAACUGGAGAUUAUCCUCCCUUGGAUCUUAAGCAGUCUCCUCUGGUGGUUGAUGUACACAAUCGUUCCUCUUCGCGGAGCCCCGUGCGACCAUCCAGCGUGAUGUCUUUCAGGUCAUCCGAUCGGGAUAACAAGCACGGUUUGUUGGAAGGGAGACUUUCCAGAGAUCAUGGCACAACAGACAAUCAAGCUUCAGAGGAGAAGGAUUUCGACGGUCCACAUCCUAGGAGGCGGUCAUCGCUUUCUCUGAUGAAGGAACUGAUCAGAGGGGCAAAGUCCCCUUCAACAGAUAACCUGGCCGCUUCUGGUUCUCAGCUACAGACUUUGCCCAUGCAGCAUUCAGUGGUAGGUUCUUUGGCCCGUCAUUUGAGCAUCGGGAGCCGACGCUCAUCGGUCGAACAGAACAGUUCCGCUGCUUCCAAUGGCGCGGGGUUGCUAUCGCCUUCGCGUACUGCAGAUGGCGCCGAUUCUGAAAGCGAAGUUAAGAGCACCUACAGUUCCGGUGCUACAAGCCCGAACCAGAGCAAGGGCAGCCGUGCUUCGCGCUUCAUGCGCCGCCUUUCCAAUACCCUGACAACUGGGCGCAAAAACACUUCGCCUGCUAUUUCCCCCACCGUGGCUGAGGAAAAUGUUGCUGAAGUCGAGGCCGCUUCCAAGGCCAACGCCGCAGCCACGUUGGUCCCUCCGACCCAGCCCACGAUUGUUGCCUACAUGGGCGAUGUCAACGUCCAGUUCCCCGACAACCUCCUCUGGAAACGCCGGAGCAUCUGCCUCGAUAGCCACGGCUUCCUGAUUCUGAGCGCCGUGCAAGGUUCCGCGAUGAGCAGCAACAGACACAGUGCCCUUAUCAAGCGGUAUCACAUGAGCGAUUUCAAGUUUCCUUAUGCACCCGACGUCGAGCUGCAGGAGCUUCCCAACAGCGUCGUUCUCGACUUCAUUGAUGGUAGCGGCUUGCAAAUCGCCUGUGAGGACAGAGCCGGGCAAAUGAAUGUCCUGAAGAUUCUCCAAGAUGCUCAUCGCAAGCACACCAGCUUUGGGCAGUAA